AUGUCCGACUCGACAGCCCAGACGACCCGGCAGCUCAAGAUCAAGACGGGCGUGGUGAAGCGUCUGUUCAAGGAGGAGCGGACAUACUAUCAAGAAGCGGAGCAGGCGCGGGCAAAGUUGCAGAAGAUGAGGGAUGAGGACGCUGAAGGGGCGGAUAUACGGAACGCUGAACGUGUCGUCAAGGAUUCGGAACAGAUGAUCCCCCGAACAAAGAAGAGCCUGGAUGAGGCCGUGGUGGCUCUGGAGGACUUGGUCGAUGGAAUGUCAUCUGAUGAGACCAUAACAGCGACGCAGGAGUACAAGGACGCGGCGGAGCAGUUGAAGGUGGUCAAGCAGGCUGGGACGCAGAAUGGGGCUUGA